AUGCUACCCACCAGUACCAGCAACGAUACCUACGAUGCUCGAAGACGGCGGAAUACCGGUGUCCGUGGGACUACCAUUGAUGGAAGUGAACGAGAAGUGGCCAGUGUUGGUCCGCGCAGCCAAGAUAACUAUGUACCAACCUUCCUGGUAGCACUGGACUCUCCAGCUGAGCGAGUGGCUGCACGAAAGCGCAAGUUACGCAACCGUCAACCAGGUAGGGGAGCAGAAGCACCACCACCACGAGUAGCUGAGCCCCACAAGACAGUUGAUGCAGAACGAGAUGGUUCCUCCCAGGCAGACAUACCUUCCUUUCUUAUUACCAACCAAAAAAAGAAACUCAGUUCCUCCAUCUCUUCACGGUCUCUGGACAGCGCCGCUGACUUGCUAGAGAGAGAGAGAAUGGAAAACAGGCACCCCCCACGGCAGCAGCAAAGUCGGAGCCAUCACCAACGCAUUACGGUACCUCUCGUGGACACAUCAUCAGCCUCUCCCAUGGAUGAUUCCUCAUCUUCCAUGUCGUCCUCCCUGCGAUCCAGCCUGACUGGUUUCAGAAAGUCUAUGCGACGACAUAUGAAUCGGUCCUUCAACAAGCAGAAUAGCAGCAAGUUUUUUGCCGACGCAAAGAGGAAUCAAUCAGCUGGUUCCUCCAAUGAAGUGCCAAAGGUCAAAUCUUCCAGUGAAAGGCGUGCCAGGACAGUACCUCUACUAGUGCCUACAGCACCCAGUCAAGUCAUAUCAUCUUCUGACCAUCCAACGCCAACCUGGAAAGUCAACAAAAAGCAGAUCAAGAGAAGAGGAAGUGACACAGAUCUGAUAACGAUUGCAAAUCCUGGUUUGACGGAUACUAAUGUCACAGGGCACAACAAAUCUACCAAGAAGAAGCAAGCCAGAGCAAGCACAGGAUCUAGUAAGACGGCGACAACACCGAGCCCUGGGUUGAUGAAGAAGUUAUGGUCGUCAACACAGCGACUCAGCAGUAGCGGCCAAGGAAGCAGCAGUAGACUGAACACCAGCAGCAGCCGACUGAACAGCAGUAGUAGCAGCAGCCGACACUUCUCAAUUCUGGAUGAUGAUGAUCAUGAUCAGGAUAUUCCUGCCUUAGAUGUGGAGCGACACACCUCGUCCUCGCCUGCAAUCCAGGCAAUCAAAAGUGAAGACGAAAGCGAAAGUGCACGACCGCCACCCUUGACAAAGGUCCUGAGUGCUCGAUUGAAACGAAAGGCCAACAAACGUGAUGAGUUGGUCCAGGAACUGUCGUCACGAGACUCCCUACGUACAAGGGAUCGCACUCGGUCCGUGGGGGAGGCAAAUAGUGAAACUGGAAGCAACAUCAAUGGGAAAAUGUCACUAUCGUUGCCGCGGGCCAACACUGAGUUCUCUACUGAAGAGGAGUCUCAGGCGGAUGAUAAGAAACCAAUGGCCAAAACUGAGGGGAGAGGGGCUGCUGCUGGGGGAGAUGGUAACAUGAAAAAACCUCUGAGAUCGCCUUAUGACGACGACGACAAUUAUCACGCUAGCAAUCCAUUCGCUCUCAUGGACGAGGAACCUUCAAUGUCUUUCUCAACCCAGGGGAAUGAUUUGGCAUCCAUUUUGAGCUCAGUCACACUGUCGUCUGCGCCUUCACUGGUGGAGGUAGAGCGUGUGGGGAAGCUUCCUGCAGCGAGGAAAAUACCGGUAGAAGAGGAUAGUGUGGCAGGUGCCCAUCCUCCAUUACACUCCUCGUGGCCUGCGCACUCAGAGCGACAACGCAAGGAAUCUAAAGGGGGCACUAGACGAAGGAGAAGUUCCUCGGUGGGCAUUGACACUUCAAGGAGAAGGUCAAAGGGGAAACAGGAAGCAACGGGGCCUCCUUCCACCACUGAAGUCAGGCAUAGACGGUCGUCAUCAGCUCAUCAGAAAACAAGCGCAAAGAAGGCGUCGCCUCACGGUUCCAAAACUCAGGGUUCGAUUCCGACAUCUUCUCAUAGUCGUAGCACAAAAGGGGACAAAAAGUCACGGGAGAAACGUCAAUCAUCUCGUUCCAGGUCGAGAAAGAGACAAGGGGGAUCGUAUACAUCUCUGUUGGAUGCCGAUGGCAAGAACAAAAGUAGCAAUGAAAAGAAGAAGGGGUCGAAGGCACCCACAUGCGAUUCAUCCGAAGACACUCAACGUCGCCGUGGCUCUUUCGCUGUCAGUGAACCUGAAGGUCAAGGAAUUGGUAAGGGAACCAGCAAAAAGUCUCCGCAUACGCCGACCCAAAGGAAGCCAAUAUUCGAGCACGACGUUUCUGAGCAAUCUCUUACAGUUGAUGACAUAGCCAACCUUGAUGGCUCCAGCAGCAAAAGCCUAGGUGCGAGCUCCAGCAGAGAGCCAAGGUCAGCAGAGACUAAGAAAAAGAGAAGGUCAAGGAAGAAAGAUGAGCAACUAUCAUCAUCCUCGUCAACCUCAAACGGACGGCGGCUUCGCCGACCAAAGUCAGGUUCAGAGUCAAGUGUUGCUGGAAGACUGGCUCAGUCCUCACAUGAUCCCUCCGAAACAAAAGUACAUACCACCAAUUUGGGUGCCGUGUCAGUCUCCCGUGUCGACGCCUUGGAAGGCGUCCCAUCCAGCAAAAAGGGUGUAUCAAAGACGAAAGAAUCGCCGUCGCGACCCCGUGUAAAGAAAUCACCGAAGGUGAAAGCCAACAUAAGAACAAUUCCAGAAGGGACGACUACAGAGGAUGCAAUGAAAGCCAAGGGGUCGAAGUCUCUACAGAGGGAGAAUGCUGAGAGUAGUAGCAAACCUCGACAGGACUCGAAGAAGGGAAGCCCGAACUGGUCGGAACAAAGACUGCGAAACUCAAUCACUGGCACCUCGGCAGCAACUGAGGCGCCAAACGACUCUCAGGUUCGUAAUGCAAUCGAAAGCCCCGCAUCGCCAAACGAGGUCGAUGGGAACAAGGCUUUGAUUGGGACGCAGCUUCGCCUUGAGGGGGGGAUUGCGGGAGAGGGGGCACGACGAAAGGCAGAAGAAUCUGGGGGGUGCGGGGCGGAAAUAUCUUGCAAUCCGAAUGGUGAGAGCAAUAGUUCGCUUCCUGCAUUGUCAGACUACCUUUCAGUAGGCUCCAACGACAGCUCGAUCAACAGUACCAAAUCUUCAGACGAAACGCAACCACAAACCACUAUUUCUGAGACUGCGAGUACGGCCCCAGGCACUGUCAUGAACACAGACGUGAGACCAACGCACGAGGCAGGCACACCUGCGUCCAGUAAGAACGCUGCUGGAGUUGAGCAGCCAUGCGAGUCCGCGACCGAGCUCAAGAUGGAGGGGCUUGCUCUGAAAAAGGACACAUUCUUAAGCCUGAACGCGAUUGCCAGUGGUGCGAAAACGGGUGUUGACGGGGAUGCCCUUGAUGGACCAGCAGCGAGAGAAAGCUUCGACGCAAUGCGACUGCAUGCCGUCGACAUUUUCCAUGAUGGUAGUCCAAAUGGUAGCCCCCUGUCUAACAGUAUGCCGCACCUUUGGAACGUGCGAGAAGGAACUACCGUUCUCGAACGAUUGGCAUCUAGUAUGCCAAACUUAGUCGCAAGCGAGGGAAAUGUUGGCGUUGCCCGAGAUGUACCAGCCUCCCCGAUUGCAGCCUGUGGUGUUGAUGACGAAGGCACCGGAAUCUUCCAGGAUGACUCUAGUAGCGGCAGUCAAGAUUUGCCCGAACUAGAAUCGAUCGCUGAAGAUCAUCAGUCUGAUGUCAUUUCGAGGAUAUCUGGUCAAGGCGACGAACGAUGCCUACCGGUAGGACAGAGCAUACAACCCCGUCCUUCGGCCGACAAAGGCUUUGAUGCUUUCGUGAAUACAACUGCCGAUGAUGUCCCUGAGCAACCCUUGGUGCCAGCUUGUGCGAGUCAAAACAACCGGGUUUUCUCGCCCAGAACAGCGAAAGCGAUAAACCCAAAAGGGAAGGUCGAUCGUGGCCCAGCAAUCCCGCGACGAAGCAACUCCUUUGAACAAGACAAGGACGGAUCUCCAGAGACCACAGAGUCUUCUGAAGAGGCGGUGCCGGGAUCCUCUUUGGAAGAAUUGAACUCAGAGGUUGUCAAUGCCGGCGAGGGCAGUCUAUCUUCCCUUGCGUACAGUUCUCGAAGUAUGGAGUUUCUGAGAACGAACGACAACGGGUGGGUGCAAACCCCGCCUGGCAGCCUUAGUAGUCUGGACACUGCAAAUAAUGCAGAACCACCAGCGGAGGCUUCUGCUAUGCAACAGCCCCACGACGUGGGAGACAAUCAUCCAUCACUCAGGAUUCGUCGGAGGGCCUCGAUGAGCGACUUGGAAGCAGCAAGAGACGUCUGCAACGAUCGGUGGCAUACUAGCCUUUCCAGCGUCGAGGGUGGCGGUGACACCGCACCUGUUCUUUCGCGACAAUCAUAUCCUGUGUUAGCUGAAAGGCUCUCUCAUAGCAUGAACGCUGAUGAGUUGAGAAACUUGUUUUGGUCACCAAAAGAUGCUGGCGAGCAAAAGGCGGAACGGUCUUACCUGCCUGUCUGUCUGCAAAGUGCUGCACGGCGAUACGAAAGAGCGGGGAAGCAGCUCCCUGUGGAACGGCGCUCGAUAGAAGGCACACGGGGAAUGUCUCGUGUUGAAAAGGCAAACUUGGAUCCUGACGAAGACGACGAGGGAAACCCAGGGUCCGGCGAUGACAAUGGCGUUGCAGUUGAGACGGGCCUAUCGGACAUGUUUGAGAUGAUAGGCGAGCUUGAAGAGGAUCUCCUUAAGUUUGAAAACCAGGUAGCUCUCCUCCGCGCCCAGAGACAACGCCGCACCGAGCGAGAGUCUUCGAGCGAAGACGGAGACUACUAA